CCAAUACACAGGGUCCAUGGUCUGUGGCCCGAUCGGCUCUGGGUUCAAAGCUUGUUAAGUUAAAUUAAACUUAGACUUGAAGAGGAGAAGAGGAGAAUCAGAAAAAGGUUGUUGAAUUCUGAAACCAUGCGGAUGCCAUUGCCAAACAUCAUUUGAUUAGAAAUGCUCAGUCCACAAUCAGCAAUGACAAAGUUCGCUGUUUUCAACACGAUCUGCAGGUGCAGUCGUAGCGGCCUCUCUUCAUUCCCAAGUAAGGUUUACUCUGGGUCAGGGCAAGUACCCCCCCAGCCCCUUCCUCUCUCCGAUCAACUUUUCAACUCCGCUCCCCAAUCCGGUUCUUUUAGAUUAGGCGAUUCCACUUUCUAUUCCCUCAUUCACCAUUAUGCCCAUAACGCUGAUUUUACUUCUUUACACAAUGUUUUAUGUCGGAUGAAGCUCCAAAACCGAGUCUUUACUGAGAAGUGUUUUAUAGUCAUCUUCAAGGCCUAUGGGAGAGCCCAUUUACCCGAUGAAGCUGUGGACUUGUUCCAUAGGAUGCCUCAUGAAUUUCAUUGCAUACCCACUGUUAAAUCUUUUAAUUCUGUUCUCAACGUCAUUAUACAAGAGGGUUUUUAUCAUCGAGCCUUGGACUUUUAUAAUCGUUCUGUUAAUGCCAAGAAUACCAAUAUCUCUCCAAAUGUUCUCACUUUUAAUCUGCUUCUGAAGUCCAUAUGUAAGUUGGGAUGGGUUGAUUGUGCAAUUGAGGUGUUUAGAGAAAUGCCUCUCAGGAAAUGUCCGCCCGAUGUCUAUACUUACUGUACAUUGAUGGAUGGAUUGUGCAAGGAGGAUAGGAUUGAUGAGGCUGUUUCCUUAUUAGAUGAGAUGCAAACUGAGGGUUGCUUCCCUACUCAUGUUGCCUUUAAUGUAUUGAUUAAUGGGCUAUGCAAGAAGGGUGACUUGGCUCGCGCAGCAAAGCUAGUUGACAAUAUGUUUCUCAAAGGUUGUCUUCCUAACCAAGUCACUUAUAACACACUCAUUCAUGGUUUGUGCCUAAAGGGGAAGUUGGAUAAGGCAGUUAGUCUUUUGGAUCGCAUGGUAUCCAGUAAUUGUAUUCCUAAUGAUAUCACAUAUGGAACCAUCAUUAAUGGGCUUGUUAAGCAAGGGAGGGCUGAGGAUGCAGUUAUGUUAUUCAUAUCUAUGGAGGAAAGGGGGUAUGGAGUGAAUGAAUAUGUUUACUCAGCCCUUAUUAGUGGGCUGUUCAAGGGUCGGAAAUCUGAGGAUGCAAUGAAACUAUGGACGCAGAUGAUGGAAAAAGGAUGUAAACCAAACACUGUUGUUUACAGUGCUCUUAUAGAUGGUUUGUGCCGAGAAGGAAAGCCAAAAGAAGCCGAGGAAAUUCUAUCUGAAAUGAUAGACAACGGUUGCAUCCCUAAUGCUUAUACGUAUAGCUCCCUGAUGAAGGGUUUUUUCAAGACGGGCAAUUGCCAUAAGGCAGUUCAACUAUGGAAGGACAUGGAAGAACAUGAAUGUAUUCACAAUAAGGUUUUUUACAGUGUACUAAUCCAUGGCCUUUGUGAGGACGGGAAUCUUAGCGAAGCUAUGAUGGUGUGGAGACACAUGUUAGACAAAGGUUGUAAACCUGAUGCUGUGGCUUACAGUUCAAUGAUUCAGGGCCUCUGUAAUGCUGGCUCAUUAGAAGAAGCAUUGAAACUUUUUAAUGAGAUGCUUUGUCAGGCGACUGAAUCUCAGCCAGAUGUGAUCACCUAUAAUAUACUUUUAAAUGCUUUAUGCAACCAAAACAGCAUCUCCCAUGCCAUUGAUCUCUUAAAUAGCAUGCUGGAUCGGGCCUGUGAUCCUGACAUAGCAACAUGCAAUAUAUUUUUGAGAACUUUGAGAGAGAAGCUAGACCCUCCUCAAGAUGGGGGGAAGUUUCUAGAUGAGCUUGUCAUCCGGUUAUUUAAGAGGCAAAGAGUUUUUGGUGCUUGCAAAAUUGUACAAGUGAUGCUACAGAAAUUUUUGCCUCCAAAGGCAUCUACUUGGGCAAGAGUUGUCCAAGAGCUCUGCAAACCUAAAAAAAUUCAAGCUGCCAUUGACAAGUGUUGGAGAAACCUAGACGAUUAAUUCUUUCUGGUGUGACUUGGGAUAUCUUUUAGUGGUUACUAAAGAUUUCUUCAUCCCUGAGUAGCACGCGGUUCCUUUCCCAAUUGUAGUUAUGAACAAUUAUCCUUACCUACAAAAUAUUAUUCAAGAUGCAAUUCAAUCUGUUUUCUGCAAACUGUCCUUUCUUGCCAUGCUUCGAAACUCACUUUUGAAAUUCAUUUCAUAUAUUCUUUUAUCUUGAACAGGAGAGUGUCUAGUCCCCUUUUAAUUUCUUUGACUAUACUAUUCAAACAUAAAAUGUGGUUGGCAAUCAGAAUGCUUAAUACCUGAAAAAGGAGGUUGGAGGAGGUUGACAAUGCAAGGUAAACAAGUUAUGGCGCCUGUAUGUACAAGUAUUCACUUGUUGUGGUUUGACAUAGCUCGAACAUGUAUGGUGACAUAUGUCUGCAUAGUAUGGCAGUUGCUCCAGCUGUGCUUUGCCCAAGGUGCACAAGCCAAGCCACAUCAAAGGAGUUUUAAAAUCAGAGGGCUUAUAGCUGAAGAGGCAUUGAACAUGCUGAAAAAUCCUGCACGAGGACUAGAGAUAGAUAGUGGAACACAAUCAACUUGACAAA